AUGGAUAUCAAGGUGUUAUUCAAAAAUAAGUAAAUAAAAUGUGAGAUCUGUUAAAGAAAAUAAGAUUAAAUGAAUAUCUGUUUGAAAUGUGAAAAACCUUUAUGUGAUAUUGAAAAAAUAUGUUCUACAGAGCAUUUAAGAUGUAAAAAUAUUGUAUUUAUAAUUAGUAAAUAGUCCUGAACAUUGUGUGAUAAUUAAUAUCCACUCAAAUCUAAUUGCAUGUUUGUUGUGUAAAAUAGAAAUUUAUGAUUUUGAGCAAACCUAAUAGAAUGAAGAAGAUCAAUAUAUUGAAGAAACUAUUAAUCCUUAAAAGAUUAGGAUGGAAUAUCAUAAAUUCUUUUAUAAAUAAGAACUUCGUAAUUCUGAAUUGAAAAAUCAAAAAAAUGUUUAACAUGCUGGAAUGUUAAACAUCUGUAAUAAUAGCCAUUUGAAUUGUGUUUUAUAAAUAUUACUAAACUAUCCAGUAAUCUAGUAAAUACUUCAGAAGAUCAAUUAUGAAUAUGAGAAAAAUUAAUAUAGUUUAAAAUCUAAUAGGAAAUAGAUUCUUAGAGAAUUAAGUGCAAUUGCUUCAAUUUAUUCAUAAAAUCAAUAUAGAAUCAUAAAUCCUUCAGUAUUAAUUAAAAAUCUUGCGUUACUUGAUUACAAAAUUAUUGGGUAUUCUAGAAAAGAUGCAUAUGUAAUUUAUAUAUUAUUUACUUUUUAUAGGAUUCUUUCAAAACAAUUAUUAACUUUUUAAAUGAAGAGUUCAAAUUUUCAAAUUUAAAAACAUACUUUAAAAAUGAUCUGAUUUACACAAAAUAAGCUCUAGGACAUGAUUGGAACAUAAUGUACACUCUAAAAAGUAGUUAGUGCUGA